AUGCCGGGACUUGAUCGUCACACUGCAUCGAUAUAUCAGCUUCGCUCCUAUGCAAGCUACCAGCAUUCUGUUUCCUGUCCCAAUAUUUUCGCCGGUGAGAGAGGAGGCCUCUAUGGAUUCGCUCGAGACCCAAAUGGGGCAGUCAAGAUUGGGUACCGCGGGACUAAGUUUACCAAUCCGCAGACGCAAGCCGACGGUGCUGCUAGAAGUAUCCCUACCACGCGUUGGACGCGGCAACCGACCCGAAAAAUCCCAGCAACGGCGGCUAAUGUGAUCAAAGACUUUGUUCAAAAGUUCCUACCGGAUCUCAUCCCGUACGAGACCAAGACCCGGCUAUGUUGGUACACUGAUUCAUUUGACAAUCACUUUGUCAUCGAUUUUGUACCUGGCUACAAGGGGCUGAUGGUGGCAACGGGCGGAAGCGGUCAUGGCUUCAAGUUCUUGCCGACCCUCGGCAAACAUGUUGUGGACCUCCUGGAGGGCAGAUCAAAUGAUUAUCUUCAUUACUGGAAGUGGAGGAGUCCCGAGGCUAACAAGAAGCCGUACAACAGCAUCAUGGAAGGCAUCGCUAGUGAAGAUCCCUUCAUGUCUAGUUACUUACUGCUGAAGACAGUCUUACAGUUCGGCAGAGUCACUUGUAACACUGACAUUUGA